AGUGAGCAGCCACUUGCUUCCCUGUUCUGGGCCACAGAAUAAACAAACUACACCUACGAAGCAAACCAUCUGUAGAGAAAGUUUCCAGUCUUCAGUCUAAGAGGGAGGCCCUAUAACAUUUUGCGUCGAAGGUUUAACCUUCAGUGCUUUUUGUUAUCUCACCUCUGCCACCACUGUGUAAACGGGACUCUGCAACAUGUCUGGAAAAGCAUCAACUUCAAAGCCUAAUAUAGGUAUGAGUGGAUCUGACGGUCUUUCGCAUGCUUACAUUCAAUAUCCACCACUUCGGUGCAACAUUCCUGGAUCAAGGGAUUUAUUUUAUGAUGACGGAAAUAAGUUGCUACUUUCCCCAACAGCUGACCAGAUCUUUUCAUGGAAAGUCAGUCCCUUUGAUCCAUUUGUUGGUCCCAGCACUGAUUCAAUAAGUGAAGGCCCUGUCAUAGCUAUUCGGUAUUCUCUAGACAUGAAGGUUAUAGCAAUCCAACGAUCGAACCAUGAGAUACAGCUUUGGGACAAGGAAACUGGGGAAUUUUUUAGCCACAAGUGUAAACCAGAAUCAGAAAGUAUUCUUGGAUUCUUUUGGACAGAUAGUCAACAGUGUGAUAUUGUUCUUGUUAAGACCAGUGGUCUAGACAUGUAUGCAUAUAGUUCAGCAUCAAAAUCACUGCAAUUGGUGGAAACAAAGAAACUGACUGUGAGUUGGUAUGUAUACACACAUGAAAGUCGCUUGGUUCUUCUUGCUUCUGGAAUGCAGUGCAAGACAUUCCAUGGGUUUCAGAUUUCAUCUGCAGAUAUUGUUCGCUUGCCAAGGUUUGAGAUGGUUAUGGCCAAAUCUGAGGCAAAUAGUAAGCCUGUUUUAGCAGUUGAGGACAUCUUUAUAGUCACUGUUUAUGGUAGGAUAUACUGCUUGCAAGUUGAUAGAGUUGCAAUGCUACUCCAUUUGUAUAGGCUCUAUCGUGAUGCAGUGAUACAGCAGGGCUCUUUACCAAUUUAUUCCAGCAGGAUUGCUGUGAGUGUGGUCGACAGUGUACUUCUUAUUCAUCAAGUUGAUGCCAAGGUUGUUAUACUUUAUGAUCUCUUUAUAGAUUCUCGAGCACCAAUAUCUGCGCCCCUUCCUUUAUUGUUAAGGGGUUUCCCACGGUCUGGUACUUCAUCUCAAUCUAGUGGUAGAGAAAGUGAGAGUUCAGAUGGUAAUGUUGUGAGAAGCCAUGAAGCAGUUACCUAUGCUGAUACGUGGAUUUUUCUAGUGCCUGACCUCGUAUGCGAUGUGGCCAAUAAGAUAAUAUGGAAAUUCAACUUAGACUUAGAUGCAAUUUCUGCCAGUAACUCAGAGGUCCCAUCAGUAUUAGAGUUCCUGCAGCGGCGGAAAUUGGAAGCUAACAAGGCUAAGCAAUUGUGCUUGGAUAUAACACGGACACUUAUUCUGGAGCAUAGGCCUGUGUCUGUGGUUUCCAAGGCUAUAAAUGUACUAGUCACCUCAUACGCCCAUUCAAUUAAAACUGGCAGCUAUCUGAAGGUACUGAAACCAGAGAGGACACCUGCUUCUGGUGUACCAAAUUCUAGCGCUGAUGUAUCUGCUACAGAAACAGGUGCAACUGGAAAAUCAAUCAUAUCUGAAACUACUGCAAGAAUAGACAGUGGGUCUUUAAUUAAAGCAUCAAGUGAUUCUGAGGAUGACUCCCUGUCUGCAAAUCCUAAUCGCAAUUCGGAGGAGGCAAUAGUUGGGGGUACAGUAAACAAUGGAAACUCCCUGAUUACUGAAGCUCAUCCUGAUCAUGAUAUGCAAUCAUCUUUACAGUCUGGGCAAGAGGAAUCCCAACUUACUUCUGCAGCAAUUUCACCUGAUGAGAUGUACAGCUUUGUCUUUUCUCCCGUCGAUGAAGAGAUGGUUGGAGACCCUUCAUACUUGGUUGCUAUCAUUAUCGAGUUCCUCUACAGUGCAAAUUUGGAAAAGGUUCGUGUACAUCCAAAUCUAUAUGUAUUGAUAGUUCAGCUUCUAGCCCGCAAUGAACGUUACGCAGAACUCGGGUUGUUUGUCAUAAACAAGAUCCUGGAGCCCUCUAAGGAAGUUGCACUACAGCUCCGUGAGUCUGGUCGUCAGGAUACCCAAACUAGGAAGCUUGGUCUUGAUAUGCUGAGGCAGCUUGGCUUACAUCAUGAUUAUGUAUUACUGCUAGUGCAAGAUGGAUACUACCUUGAAGCUUUGCGAUACGCGCGGAAGUACAGGGUGGAUACCAUCCGGCCAUCGUUGUUCUUAGAAGCAGCAUUUGUUUCCAAUGACUCCCAACACCUUGCUGCAGUUCUAAGAUUCUUUACAGAUUUCCUUCCUGGCUUUGGAAACACCUCAGAGUAUAAUAGAUACUACCGGAUACUGAAUGAGUUGAACUCGUCUUUGACUGUUUGAGCAGUCUUGCAGGGGAAUAAAUCAGAGAGAAACCGGGUCAUUGUCAAUGGAUAAUCAUGUUGAAGUAUGGGAUUGUCUUGUUAUGACAUCCGAAAUCUUAAAGAUAUGUAUUACAUUUGGUGUAGUUGUAUUUUAAGUUUUUUUUUUUGGUAGAAUUUGUAUGUUAAUAAAUGGCUCUCUUCCUGCUAAGAUUAGUUUUAGUUGAUACUUUGAUCUAAAUGAGAUUUUCCACUAUGAAAUAUUUCUAUGGUUGAGCUUGUA